AUGGGGUCGAUCAGGACAUGGGAAGAUCUGACUAAAAAGUUUCUUGACAAAUACUUCUCAGUUUUCGAGGCUUGGGAAAGAUUCAAGGAGAUAGUGAGGAAGUGUCAGCAUAAUGGGAUUGAAUUGUGGAUGCAACUCCAGGACUUUUGCGAUGGACUGACACCUCCCUCACGACAAACUUUGAACAUUGCAGUCGGAGGUCCUUUAAUGAAGAAGACUCCUGAGGAUAUUGUGGCAAUUCUGGAUGAGCUCUCUGAAGAUGCUAACCAGUGGCCUGCUGAGAGUAAUGAUAGAAGAAAAUUAGUUGGAGUUCAUCAAGUCGAAUAUAACACAGCAAUGCAAGCCCAACUAGACGCCAUGGCUAAAGAGAUAAGAAAGUUGACCUUAGACAAGGUCCAGAGCCAACCAUCACCAGUUUGUGAUUUCUGUGGAAUGGUUCAUUCAACGCAUGAGUGUCAGGCCUUAGCUGCAGAUGAGGUGGUAAAUACCGUGGAAAGCUUUGACAGAGGCAACUACCAGAUGGGUAAUAAUUUUAAUUCUACGGGACAGAGGCACUUGGGCUUUUCUUGGAAUUCACCAAGUGGUAGCCUGAACUCAUGGCGACGAAAUAACUCUAUACCCCAGGGACAAGGAGCUCCAGGUUUUCAAAAUCAGCAGAAGCAGCAAUAUCAGCCUCCACAGUCUAAUCAGUCUAGCAUGGAAGAUCUGAUGAAGGCCUUUAUUAUUAAGACAAAUAAGAGGCUUGACACCCAUGACGCAGCUAUCAAAGAACUGGGCACGACUUUUCAAAACUUGGAAAUACAGGUUGGGAAACUAGCUAAUCUAUUGUCUGAGAGGGUUCUAGGAACUCUCUCUGCUGAUAGUGAAAGAAAUCCAAAAGAGACGAUAAAUGCAGUGUCUUUGAGGAGUGGGAAUGUACUGGAGGAUCCCAAGGCAAAACAAGCAUGA